GCAUCAUCCUCGAGGAACAGUCGAGAUCGAAAAGCCACUUUCACGUCGACGCGACAGGUAACUUUAACUAUUUUGCAUCCUCCACUUUUCACCAUGAACCCGUACUUUUUAUUCGAGUUUCUAAAUCAUAAAUUUCAUUCUUCACGUUGACUUUCCACGUAGCUUGAAGCAGUUCCAAUAUGAAGCCUGGACAUUGUUAUUUUUGUGGAAAAAAAAAAGAAAAAAUGAAUAAACUCGAUUCUAAUUUCAAUUGUGAAUUCGUUUAUUCUCGAUCGAAUCUCGCGUUCGAAAAGGAGACAAGGAGACGAGCAAAGUGUUUUCUUCAUUCAUUCUUUUAUUCUAAAUUAUUAACAUGUUGUUAAGCGAAUGAAUAGUUGGGGAUAUAAAUAUUUGCAUUGAUCUUUAAUUUAAUAGCCGACACAAUUCUAUUUCGUUUCUCAUAACAAGUUCCUUUCGAUAUUAAUUUGUUGCUGCAAGCGAUUGCGGUACGAAGCGCGGAGAAUAAAUGGGAAAGCAUUUCGUGUAUCAAAUGCAGUUAACAAACAAAUGAUCGACGAUGGAACAAUAAAUCAAAGGAAAAAAAUGGUUUUACAUGCAUGAAUUCAUGUACAAGUUCACUUGGAUCCUUUGUUAUAAAAAUUUUUUUUCCCACUAUUUUUUGCUUUUACUAAUACCUCAAAUCAAUAUACAGAGAAAACAAUGGCUGCCGGUUAAGCUACACGCAAUUCGUUCCGAGUUUAUUUUGAUUGUAAUCGAUCGAACCAUUCAGGCAUUUUCUCUCGCGAAAAUUUUGCAAUACAGUUGCAAUUAGAAAUCGACGCGCGUAUUUUUCUUGUCUGAACGCGCAUACUUUUCUUGCAGUUGACAACUUGCGUGAAAAGCAGCAACGGCUUAUUAAUGAGAAAAAUGAAUUUCUUGAAGUUCAUCCAGAAGGAAUUGAUGCAUUACCAGAGGAAAGUGACUGUUCCAUUGUCAAAGACACGGGUGAAGCCAUUCGACGUUGAAACUAUGCUGGAAGAAGUGACACGAGCUAAAAAGACUCAAGUGAAAAAGUUUCGCGGCCCAGACUCGUUACUGUACUCGGCGAUUUACCCCGUAGUUUUCGCAAUGAAAGUGUUCGGUUUAGCGCCUUACGAUUUCAUGGGCGAUCAGUUAACUCCAUCGAAUUGCUGUCUCCUAUUUACCUUCGCUUUUAUGGCUAUUUAUUCUCACAUUAUAUACAUCGUUUACCUAAAAUUCCUUUCGGUGCACAGAAACAAAACGAUCCUCAACGUGGUCGAAACUACUAAGGUAACAGUCAACUAUCUUGUCGCUAUGUACGAUCUCGUAUUGACGAUAUUCACGAGGGAAACAUUCAGCCGAAUUUGGAAUGCCCAACAGGAUUUCGACGAGAGACUCAGCCAACUAGGCUAUCCGCGCAAAGAGGUGAGAACCGAAGUAACGACGUGGAUUCUUCUGAUCAGCCAAAUUAUUGUCUGGACAGCCGUUAAUCAAACUGGGAUGUAUGCUUUUGACGAGACUUGGUUGUUUAAUGUGAGUUAUAUGUGUCUUUACGUCGGCUCCGCGGCAUCUGUUUACAAGUUCUUCGGAAUGAUGAGUUUUCUUGGUCAACGAUUUCAUCAGUUGAACAAGAUCGCCAAAGAAAAUUUACCUCCAAGAGUCGGAUACAAAAGUACCACUGUCAGCAGAAAGACUGUUCAGGAAUUGUACAACGACUUAAUGCUAUUGAGCGAGGUGCUAGGUUCCCUUUACUCGUGGUCGCUACUGUUCUGGCUUGGAAAUUUGAGUAUACACACCAUUAGCAACCUGUACUUCGUCAUUGAUUGGGUCAUCUUGAACACCUGGUCCAACAUAAGUUGGUUUUUGAUAUUCGCUAUGUGCUGUUGGCUGGUCGGAUUUAUAAUGCAACUUUUGGCCCUUCACAUUGCCUGUGAUUAUACGACAACCGAGAUUGUUGGAGUGAUGUCGACAUAUCUAGUAAUCCUUUUGCAAUUUCCUUCAACUUGAACUUGAGAUUUGAUACCAUGACAAAGAAAAGCACGAAACAACGUUUUAAGGGAUACAAUGAAAUCAUUUGUUUUUAUUACGGACCAUUUUUUAACGAACAAUUUUUUCACGUAUUCGUACCUGUUGGGCUAUGUCUACUCUGAACUACUUUCCCCUCGGUAAGUAGUAUAGGCAGACUUUUCACGUAACAUCGGACCUAUACACUUGUGCAUUUGCAUGGAAAUUGUAUUCGUAUUGACGAAAAGGAAAUCAAUUUUAGAACUUUUUUGGAAUUUAACUUGCACUCGAUAGAAAUUUACUGGCUGUAGUGACCAGGUGCAACAUUUCUCUCUCUGUUGCAUUUUUACGAGAUACGUAAGUAAAAGCUAGCCAAUAACAGUGCAGAGUGAAUACAUUUCAAUAAGAUACGACGAUCUUUUUUUUUUUCAAUUACGAGGGCGCAAAAAUAUUUAAUGCGUAAUUUAAUGAUGUUAGAUGUCAAUAUACGUGGCAAGCGGUGUUUUUUUUUUUUUUUUUUUUUUUUUUCAAAAAUUGUAUUUUCUCGAAAUUCUCGAGGUCAUCGAUGUUUUUCUCCAAAUAAUUGUAUUUUUUUUCUAUUACAGCGUAUAGCUCAUGAUAAAGUACAUUCAGAUGUACUA